AUGCCAGCCAAACUCACACCCAGAGAGGUAUGGACCUCAGACGAAGGCACAAUGGCGCGCGAGACGGCCCUCACGCGGUGGCCGAAAAUCAUGCAGACCAUGAUUGACGACGUCGAGACCACCUUCAGCCAGUCCGAGAACGCAGAACACGUCGGGGAGGGCCGUCGUAUCCAGGCCUCGCUGCGGAUCAUGAAGGAGGAGAUUAUGGGGGAUAAGCCGUUGCACCCCCUGAACUCAGACGGCGGAGCAGAUAUCGAGGGCUACAAUGCGCAGCUGGCCGGUUUCGGGCACAUCACCUGGCACAACUGCCCCUGGAUGUUUGCCGAGUGCUAUCUUUAUCGAUUUGUCCAAACUCUCUUCGCCCGCUCUCAGCUCUGGCGCAACUACGACAUCUUCGCGCGCCAGAAACUCUCUGCCUUCCUCGCUUCCCACGCCGCUGUCGAGGAGUUAUCCGAGCGAUACAUGUCUCUCGCUGAGUCCCUGACAACAAACCCGGACCCAAAAGCAGCAGAACUUGCCUUCACCGAACUCACCUCCAUCGCCCUCUGGGGCAACGCAACCGACCUCAGUCUCCACCCUGACAUCAAUGACCAGUCCAAACUGCAGUCCCUCCAGGGUACACACACCAUCCAAAACCAAGACCGCAUCGUCUCCAACGACCUGCCCGCCGUCUGGGCCUACCUCUCCCGUAACCAAGCCCAACCCCAAUCUCAACACCAACAAUCCAAAGAAGAAGCCCCCAAAAAACACAUCGCCAUAAUCCUCGACAACACCGGCUUCGAACUCUUCACCGACCUCCUGCACACCCUCCUCCUCCUCGACCUGCAUCUCGCCACCACCAUAACCUUACACGUCAAAUCCAUCCCCUGGUUCGUCUCCGACGUCCUCCCACACGACAUCCCGGUCCUCCUCUCAGCACUCACCAAUUCCACUCUCUUCCCUACCUCCAUGAUUGCCAACCCCGCUGUGCAAGCCGUUGCGGGGCGGUUGAGGGAGGGGUUUGAUACGGGGAAGGUGAAGGUGAAGGAGGAUGGGUUUUGGACGACGGGGUAUGGAUUUGAGGAGAUGGAGGGGAGAGCGCCGGGGUUGUGGGGGGAGUUGAGGGGGAGUGAGGUGGUGGUGUUUAAGGGGGAUUUGAAUUAUAGGAAGUUGGUGGGGGAUCGGAGGUGGGGGUAUGGGACUCCCUUUCGGGAGGCGAUUGGGUCGUUGGGGAGAGGGGGGAUGAAGAUAUUGGCUUUGAGGACGAAUAAGGCGGAUGUUUGUGUUGGGGUGGAUGGGGAGGUUUUGGAGAGGGUGGAGAGGGAGGCACCGGGGGGAGAGUGGGUGAGGAAUGGGAGGUAUGCGGUGAUUAGUUUUUCUGAUGGUUCAGACUAG